AUGGAGUCCAAUCUAUGGUACGCAAUGCUGAAUGACACCCUCUGCUACGCCAAUCUCUGGGUGUUUGCCUGCAUCAUCGCCGUCGUCUUCCUCUGGCAGACCUCCUUUCGCUUUAGCGCCCACCUGCGCCGCCUGACCACCUUCACGGACAAGCGACAAUAUUACCACCGCGUCCCCAAUCAGCGCCUGGCAUGGGUGAAGAAACACCUGCUGUACGCUCCGCUGCUGCGCAACCGACACAAUCGCGAAUGGCAGCUGUCGCGCGCCGUCAACAUGGGGACCCUCCCCAGCCGCUUCCACACCUUGUUGUUGAUUACCAUCAUCGUCAUGAAUAUUGUCCUGUGCACCAACACCGUCCCCUACGGAUCCAAAGAGACCACUGUCGCGGAGUUGAUCCGGAACCGCACCGGAUACAUGGCCACCGUCAAUCUGUUCCCGCUGUUCGUCAUGUCGGGCCGCAACAAUCCCUUGAUCCCGCUACUGCGCGUCCCGUUUGAUACCUGGAACCUGCUGCAUCGGUGGCUGGGCCGGAUUGUGGUGCUGGAGGGUCUGGCCCAUGUCAUUGCAUGGGGGGUUCCCAAAGUGCAAGAGUAUGGCUGGUCAACGGCCCUAGGAACCUUGAAGAAACCCUUCAUGUUCAACGGUCUGAUGUGCCUAGUAGCAAUGGUGAUUAUUUUCCUACAAUCCCCUUCGCCAAUCCGUCAUGCCUUCUACGAGACCUUUCUAUACUUCCACAUCGCCCUGGCAUGCGUGGCCGUGGCAUUCGCCUGGAACCACGUUUACCGCUACUCCUGUCGCUACUAUCUCUACGCCACCGUAGCCUUCUGGGCUAUUCAGUGGCUCGCCCGAUUCCUGAUCCUCAUCUACCGCAACUACGGCCUCGGUCGUCGCACCACCGCCUACCUCGAAGCCCUCCCCGGCGAUGCCGUCCGCGUCACCCUCCAACUCGCCCGCCCCUGGACCUUCUCCCCCGGCCAAUAUUGCUACCUCUACAUCCCCAAGAUCGGCUGGAUCACGUCACACCCGUUUUCCAUCGCCUGGGGUGAAACCGGCCAGACCCUGCUUGGCUCGUACAAUGAGAAGAUGGCCCAGGUGGAGGCGGGCGCCGAGACCAAUUCUCCCGGUCUGGGAUCCAACAAAGUCACCUCCAUCUCCCUGCUGGUGCGACGUCGGACCGGAUUCACCGAUAAAUUGUUCAAGGAGGCCUACGCGCAUGGUCGGCUGCAGCUGCCCCCGGAUACUCCGGGGUAUACGGACCGUAUCUCUGGUAGUACUCUGCGGUCGUCGAUGGCAGAGUUCCCCUCGGCGGCGCUGAAGGUCAAUGCUCUUGUCGAGGGCCCGUAUGGGAAUCUUCACAGCUUGGACUCGUAUGGCACCGUAUUGCUGUUUGCUGGGGGUGUUGGGAUUACCCACUGUAUGCCGUUUAUUCGACAUCUCGUGCAGGGACAUAGUGACGGUACGGUGGCCGCCCGACGCGUCACCCUGGUGUGGAUUAUCCAAUCCCCUGAGCAUCUCGACUGGAUCCGACCGUGGAUGACUACGGUGUUGAGUAUGGAAGGUCGACGCGAUGUCCUGCGCAUUCAGCUGUUCGUGACGCGCCCGCGCAAUCCCCGCGAGAUUAAGAGUCCGAGCGCGACCGUGCAGAUGUUCCCGGGCCGGCCGGACGUGGAUACCCUCAUUAAGAUGGAGGUGGAGCAUCAGGUCGGAGCCAUGGGAGUGAUGGUCUGUGGGAAUGGAGGGUUGAGUGAUGAUGUCCGCCGGGCGUGUCGUCAGCGCCAGGGGGGGAAUGAGCUGGAUUAUAUCGAGGAGAGUUUUACCUGGUGA